CUACGCCGUCAGACGUGCGCACUCGCCGCACAAAUUUCUAAACCGUUAAGAGUGGCACGGCUAAUCCGUCUUUUCCCCUUUUUAAAUAUUACUUAUUUUGUUUAAAUCUUUAUUUGUUUAUUAAAUCGCUUCAUCUUUACGUGCUUCUUUCACACGAUCGAGUGUUUUUUGUUUUAAUAUCAUUUUUAUCCAUUGAUUAUUAUGUUUUGAAAUUUAUUAGCAUAUCAUAUUAUAUUUAAUUAUUGUUUACUCAUCCCCCUCCGAUUGUCGUCGUCAAGGAGUUACUCACUAACCAUCGCCAUCGUCGUCGGAUCGUACAGAACUGCUGCUAAUGGACCCGGCAAAAACGCAUCGCUACUGAGAUGAUACUUCAUGUUAUGAUGAAAUUCUGAUACGCUAACGUGAAGACUACCCCCAGUUAGAUACUGUUGAAGAACAGCACCUUAUAUAACUGCUGCCGUUGUUUACAUACUAUCGCAAACAUGUCUCAGAACAACGGACAAUCGCAGAGGUUCUGUCUCAGAUGGAACAACCAUCAAUCCAACUUGCUGGCCGUUUUCGAUCAGCUGCUGACCAGCGAAGCGUUUGUAGAUGUCACGUUGGCCGUCGAAGGGCAAAUGCUUCGAGCACACAAAAUGGUCCUUUCGGCGUGUAGCCCAUAUUUUCAAACCCUCUUUGUUGGACAUCCCGACAGACAUCCGAUUGUGAUACUCAAAGAUGUACCUUUGGUCGAUAUGAGAUCUCUGUUAGACUUUAUGUACAGAGGCGAAGUCAGCGUCGAUCAAGACCGAUUGGCCGCCUUUCUCAAAGUUGCUGAAUCAUUACGGAUCAAAGGGCUAACCGAAGUGAACGAAGACCGCGGUGACCUGCCUUCGUUGGCUUCUUCUCUACUGCAAUCUCACUCGUCCUCUCCGUCCUCUUCGCCCAGCCACAACAACCAGAUGGGUCACGUGCCCCAACUGCAACGCAUCCACAACCUCAACCCCAUGUCGUUGAAAAGGCCUCUGCCGUCACAUCCCCUACACGAUCAACAGCGUCAACAACUUUCAUACCCGAUGAACCCGCUGUUAGGGUCAGCGUUGACGGCUCCAAAAAGAAAACGUGGACGUCCCAGGAAACUGUCUACAGGAAGCAAUUCACCUUCUCGACCUAAUGAUAACAACAACGACGAUAGCAGAGCAUCCACACCAAUUGGCACCAGUGCAGAUAAUUUAGGAAGUGGCCGUGAUCCACCAGAUUUACUGGAAUUGAAUAUGUCGGAAGAAUCGGAAUCAGCUGCGGCUGCACCAAAAUAUUAUGACUCUCCCAAAGAAGAAAACACACUAGAGGGCGAAGACUUGGAAGAGGAAUAUGCAGAAACAGAAAACGGAGUGGAGAUCAAACAAGAACCUUGUGAUCCGAUGCCAGGCACUUCCCAAGAUUUAAGUACAUCAAAGACAGACCACGAUUCUAGUAUGCAGUUAGACCAAAGCGCAUUUGGUAUAAUAAAAACCGAUCAAACUCCACGUAGACUUUCGAUCGACACGAAUGGGAAAAGCGACUCUGACAACACGGUCAUAAGCGCCAGUAGACCGAUAAUGGACAAAUAUUCUGUGCGCCAAUUUUGCACCCAAGAAUCCAGCAAUCUUUUCAGAUGUAAUUUGUGCCGUAAAACAUACACGCACAUCAGUAAUUUCUGUCGGCACUUCCUGUCAUCUCAUCACGGAGUGAGGCAAGAGAUCCCGUGUCCCGUCUGCUUCAGAAUGUUCACCCGAAGGGACAACAUGUUGACACACAUGAAACAAGUGCACAGAGUGACCACUCCAAAAGUGUACACAACAAACAACAACGGAGGGCCCAGAUUCGAGUUUAACAGCUUGUGAUAUUUAUGGACACACGCACGCUAUACUUUUGUUAUUUAAUAUAUAUAUAUAUUUUUAUCACGCCGACUGUUUAAUCAGUAUUGGAGAAGAGAAUUGAUUAUACUGAAAGAAUAAAAGCAAGCAAAUGUCUGUUUCCCAUAUGUAUAUAAAAAUUAUUCAUCAUGUGCCAAAGUGAAGAAACUCAAGUGGAAUAGUAUAUUAUAAACGUCAUUAAUGUUCGAAAGAAAAUAUAUAUUUGAUUUUUAUGUACUUAAGACUUAAGUCAUUAAUAACUAAACCGGUAGAUUAACAAACAUUGUUAUGGAGUUUGUUUUGUUGUAUACAGUUUUUAUUUUGUUGUCAUUCUUAAUAUGUAUUAAUUUUUUUUUUUUGCCUCUGUUGAACUCCUUCCACACUAACCCGUCCAAUUUUAUCUUAUUUAAAACUUAAACUAUUAUUUUGGGUUGUUAUAAUAGUUUUUAAUUUUUAAUUGUUAUUGUUUUUUUUUUCUUAUAAUAAUAAAGGGUGGAAACUGAUCAGUGAGAGUUUUUGGCCUUUUCGACUGUAUGAAAAUAAUUUUAAAAAAAUAUAUAUUAUUUCUUUUAAAGAAUGGCCAAAAACUAAUUUUUCCCCUUAGCGAUCUUUAUCGAGUUACUUGUGAAUGACGCUAAAAAUGUAUUUGGAUAAAAAGUUUAAGGUUGUGUUUGAAAGCUCCGUUAUUUGCUUGCAAUUUUGUAAUCUUAAUUUUCAUUAUUAGAUUUUAUUCAUUCAAGGCCAUCGAAAUUUGCUGUGUUAUAUUUUAUCGGUAAUAUUUACUGUGCGGAAUUAAUUAUUGAAAACUUUACAAGGGAAAAACUUGCAAGAAACUAUUAAAUAAUUUUUAAAAAAAAUUGUACAUUGUUGUUUUUGUUGAUACCUAAUUUUUAAGUCGGGCUGUGUGUUUUCUUAGUCAAUUUGUUAUUCAUUAUGCCUUGCCAUUAUGUAUAGUUAGGUUUUUUAAGAAUAUUUAAAUUGUUGUUACUUUUGAACUUGAUAAUAAAUUGUUAACGUUUAUACACACAUAUUAUUAUAUUUACUAUUUAUUAUUUAUAUAAUUAUAAUUAUUAUUAUUUUUAUCCAUAUAGACUGCUAGACAGGGUGUAUUUAGCAAUUAAAUUAGUUUAGUGAACAAUGGUGCUUUGUUUAACUUUUUGGGGAAAUAACGAGUAUUUAUUAUUUUUUUUUUUAGUAAUAUCAAAAACGCCCAUUACUAAUUUCGAAUCGGCUGUGAAGGCUAAAAUUUUAGUUACAUUUUUUGUUUUAUUUGUUUUUUUUUUUGGUUUGUUACAUCGAAUUUAAUAAAUGACUGAAUUUAAUUAAGUACCUAACUUCAAAUAUUAGAAUUGUUUUUUUUUUUUUUUCGUUAACUCAUUAAUUACAGACACACAUAGUACAUUAAAUGAUUUUUUUCAAGGUAUACAAUUUAUAGAUGGCGUUUUUUCUAAUUAUUUAAUGUGCCAAUGUUUUGUUAGAUAUUUUGGUGAUAUUAAUUUAUGUAAUAAUAUGUGAAAUUUUCUGAAAUAAAAAAAGUGAUAUUUAAUUAUUUGUUUUUUUGUCUUAGAAAUCUUACUAAUAUAUUACUAAUAAAUUUUUUUUAUUAUUAUUAAUCUUUCUUUAAGCAUGUCUUUUAAAUCCGAAUGUUGUCUUAGGAACGACAAAAAUCUACUGAAAUGGUGGCUGUAACAGGUGAUACACUGUACUUAUAUUUAAGUAACAUAAAAAGCAUGAUGUGAUAUUUGAUGGUAUUUUUUGUUAGUUUUGAUGUUGAAUCUCAUUUUGGGUAACAUUUAGCUUAAUUUUAUUAUACUGUUCAUGUUU